UAACCUUGCCAAAGGGCCGCCGAAAAAAUCAAAGCCUGUAAUGGAGGCUCUCUCGUGCAUGUAACUCACAGUUACAUUAACAGGCCAUACAGAUUGGAUAUAGACAUAGCACAUGAACAUACACGCGUAUAUCUUCCAAGAUUUAACUGUAUCUUUGCAAAUUUCCAAAGCAUUAAUCCUUGUUUCAAGCUUCCUAGCUAGCUGCUUCUGUUUCUCACAUUCUUUUCUUGAGGAAUCUAUGCAUCUGUUUUUUGGUUCCAGCCAUGUGUUGAUUGACAUAUUUUUUAUUUUUUUUUCCGGAUCAAUCCGUGUUUAUUAUACUAAUAUUAGUGUGUUUUUCAGUAACUGGGUUGAUUGAUUUAAGAUAUAUUUAGAAAGUUAAGGAUCCCCUUUAGGACAUUGAGCUUAGCUUGAGUGGCUAGUGAGAAAUGGAGAGGCAGAGAGUGAUGGAAAGAGGAGAGAAGGCAGGCGUGUCAAGUUCAUCCAAUGGUGGAGGUGAAGUUGAUGUUGUGGUGGAAAUGAUGGAUGUGAUUGAGGCCGUUGGAUUGUAUGUGGGGUACAGGAGGACACAAAGAAAGGAGUGCUUGAACUUCGUGCGGAGAUUGAAGCUACUACUUCCUCUUUUGGAGGAGAUAAAGGAGAUUGGUAAUUAUAAAUUGGUUUCUAGUGAGGGUUUGAAAACUAGUUUGGAUAAUUUAAAGAAGGCCCUUUUGGGUGCUAAGAAGUUGUUGAAGAAAUGUAGCUGUGGAAGCAAGAUUUAUCUGGCAAUGGAGAGUGAAGCAGUGAUGAGUAGCUUUCAUGCUGUAUAUGAAAAAUUAAAUCAGGCUUUGGAUGAUUUGCCCUAUGAUGAGCUAGGGAUCUCAGUUGAAGUUAAAGAGCAAGUUGAGCUAACACGGAUGCAACUUAAAAGAGCAAAGAAGCGAUCCGACACCCAGGAUAUAGAACUGGCAAUGGAUAUGAUGGUUGUAUUUUCUAAAAGGGAUGACCGAAAUGCAGAUAGUGCAAUCCUAGAGAGACUGGCCAUCAAGUUAGAGCUGCAUGCUAUUCCAGACUUGAAAGCAGAAGAAAUAGCAGUCAGGAAACUAGUUAAAGAGAGAGGGGUUCAGAACGCUGAAAGCAUCCAGCAAAUUAAUGACCUUUUGGGAAAAUUCAAACAGAUUGCUGGUGUUGAUGAAACCAUUGUUCUUGAUGGCCCUUUUUCUUCGAAAAGCCUUCAGAGGUGUCGGUCUUUGCUUAUCCCUCAUGAAUUCCUAUGUCCAAUUACUCUGGAGAUCAUGGUGGAUCCUGUCAUUGUGGCAACUGGACAGACUUAUGAAAGAGAGAGCAUACAGAAGUGGCUAAAUUCUAAUCAUCGAACCUGCCCGAAGACUGGUCAAACUUUGGGUCAUUUGUCUCUAGCAUCGAAUUUUGCACUCAGGAAUCUUAUACAGGAAUGGUGUGAGAAAAAUCACUAUGAACUACCCAAGAAGGAUGCUUGUUUAGGUUCUGAUGGCGUUUCUGCUGAGCUUAAAGAGGAAAUCUCUUCCUUGGUUCAAAAUCUGUCCUCCUGUGAGUUUGAAGUGCGACGAGAGGCCAUCAAGAAGAUCCGAAUGCUUGCAAAGGAGAAUCCAGACAACAGAAUUUUGAUUGCCAGCUAUGGAGGGAUUCCUCCGUUGGUUCAGCUCUUGUCCUAUCAAGAUCCCAACAUUCAAGAACACACUGUAACAGCUCUUUUGAACUUGUCAAUUGAUGAAACAAACAAAAUACUUGUAGCCAGAGAGGGAGCAAUUCCUGCUAUAGUUGAAAUUCUGCAGCAUGGAACAAAUGAAGCUAGAGAAAACUCUGCUGCAGCUUUGUUUAGCUUGUCAAUGCUUGAUGAGAACAAAGUUCUAAUUGGAGCUUCGAAUGGAAUCCGUCCCUUGGUACACCUUUUGCAGUAUGGGACUAUACGAGGUAAAAAGGAUGCUGCAACUGCACUCUUCAACUUGUCUUUUAACCAAACCAACAAGUCCAGGGCCAUUAAAGCAGGUAUCAUACCAGCAUUGCUCCAUUUGCUCGAGGAGAAAAACCUUGGCAUGAUCGACGAAGCCCUCUCCAUAUUUUUACUCCUGGCAUCACAUCCUCAAGGGAGAAAUGAAAUCGGCAAACUAUCUUUCAUCAAAACCCUUGUUGAAAUCAUAAGAAACGGGACUCCCAAGAACAAGGAAUGCGCCCUAUCGGUCCUUCUCCAGCUGGGGUUGCACAAUUCAUCCAUCAUCUUAGCAGCACUUCAGUAUGGAGUGUAUGAACAUUUGGUAGAGCUUACAAAAAGUGGAACCAACAGGGCUCAAAGGAAAGCAAAUUCUAUAUUACAGCAUAUGAGUAAGUACGGACACAUUCCAUGAAAUUCUUGCACCAAAUUAACAGAUUGAUCAUAUCUAGCUUCCUAUAGAGAGAUGCCUGCUUGUGUGUAUGAGGGUAUAUAGCACAACCUUUUCCUGUGUGUCCAGCACUCAAUAUGGUUUUUUUUGUUUUGCACCAUUAUAUAGGACUGUGUAUGUACUGUGAAUACACCAGCGUAAGAAAUUCUUACAAUACAAUUCUGGUGAUGAUAGAAAUGUUUAUAAAAGGCUGCCAAAAGCAAAUAAAUGGCUGGCCAUCUAGUAAUUUUAACCAA